AUGGAGCUCCGACAGCAAGGAAAGAAUAUACACGAUACACAUGAAGAUGACGCUAAAAUGCCCAUGAUCUUUCGCGCCGCCAACUACCUACCAAUCAAAUCCAAACCGCACAACUGGACGCCCCUCAAAAGCCUGCACGCCGAACUUCACUCCCCGCGAGGAUUCGAUGUCAACGCCGUCAAGGUGCUAGAAAUCUCGCAGCAUCUCGCGGCAAUUCUGGAACAGGUGCUGAAAGGGGACCCCGCAGAAGAACCAAACGACGACCUGGAAGAUCCGGGAGCGCAAGACGUGGCAAUGGAAGACGGUACUGCAGAACAAGUCCCAGACGAGAGAGCCCCGGGUCAGAGAGCCCCGGGUGAGAGAAUGCCGGGUGAGAGAAUGCCGACUGUAGGAUCUCAGCGCAAGUUGUUGAAGCGAUUCUUCACCUUAGUUGAUAUGCUGUUUUAUUUCCUGGGAGACCUGAAUACAGUGCAUAUUCUGAACCAUUUGGUCGUGACGGAUUUGCAACAUGUGGCUGAUCGCCCUGGACAGGCGUUGAGAAAGACGGAUCGGAGUGUCGAACACGUGUGUAAGCUAUUAAAUCAAUUACCUGUGCGUGCUAGUCGUUGCAACACAUGUUGGGAAGGUGAGCAUACAGCGUAUCGGUGUAUUACUUGUGCUAUUGUUGCGUCCAGUUGCAUUUGCGCAACAUGUUUCCAUACCAGUGACCACCGCGGUCACGAUUACAUCGUCUAUCGAUCGGAGCUCGGUGGCUGUUGCGACUGUGGUGAUGCUUCCGCAUGGAAGGAACAAGGAUUUUGUAAAAGACACCUGCCCACAGAUAAGGUGCGGAAAGUUAUCGAACACGAGCGAAAAGUUGCCAACGCACAAUGGCAAACGGCACCGCGACGCGAUCAACGAAUCAGACAAGUGUACGAACGUUAUUGGACACGAAUUACUCGGAGGAAACAGAUACGCGCUAAACUUGUCACAUCUUCAUCAAUGCCGGCAUCCCAAUCCACCAAUGAAGGACUCAAUACGAGCCAGGAUUUGAGCUGGAGUCAGGAUCUCUAUUGGAGUCAGGACCCGAGUAGAAGUCAAGAGGUGAGUAGAAGUCAAGAGGUGAACCGGAGUAUGAGCUUGGAAGAUGGGGCAAUGACCCGUCGCGUGGCAUCUGGGGGUGAGGAAUUUGAUGCUUUCGAUGCUUCGCUUUUGAUUCACCCCGAUUUGCGACUACGGUUCUUAAUUGUCUUCUCCAUCCUGCUUCGACGUGUAACAGGUUUGUUAGUCAGUUCAGUCAUGGGACUCACUGUGCCGUCAGGCGAACUCGUAGACCCCGUUGAGGCGACGGGCGCGAUGGUCAACACGAUCGAGGGGUUAGUUACCUGUAUAACGGACUGGUCCCGGUGUCAUCAAGGUGUGCGCCGCAUUGUAGCCAUUGCGGCUGAGCUCAAACCCAACCGGCUAUUCGACAUUUCACUACUGGACUCCCUGGCCUGCUUCCCGAACCUCUCGGACCCCCGAAUCCAGUCAGUCGCCUGCAGGAAAGGCUACAACGAUAACUCUCGCGGACCCAACGAGGCCACCAACUUCCUCAGGGACUUCAUGACAGUCUUUGGUCUCAGCCGCACCGUCGGACAGCCCCCCGGAAACAACCGCAAUAACUUCACACCCGUCCCACCUACCGAUCGCAGGUUCGAUUCCGACCAAGAGAGCACCCAGACUCCCACCGGCCUUACCCCUCUUGGCGAGACCCCCCUCCUUACGGGUCAGACCCCCGCCACGGGGCAAAUUCCCGCCAGUGGUCAGACCCCCAGUGAUCAGACCCCCAGUGGUCAGACACCCAGUGGUCAGACACCCAGUGGUCAGACACCCAGUGGUCAGACACCGGGUGCGAAUUUUCAGGUUACGCCGGAAGACGCUCUGGGCGACAGCGUAAGGGAGGCUACGGCGAUGGCCGGCGGUCGCAACGCCCAAUUCGGGUCGUUUCGGCGUCGGGCGGGUGGCAUGAUAGCGUCGCGGCGACGGGGGAAGGCGGAUGUGCGGAGUCGUUUCAACUUUUUGACGACGUCGUUGUACUUAUUGCCACGCCUGCAGCGCGAGGAGCGCCGAGUUAGCAAUGUGGUGGGUCGCGCACACGUGCGGAUAACGGGUGUGCACGCGCAUUUGACCAAUCUGUUACUGGAUAUCAUGUUCGAUAGGCGGUUUAAGCUACGAUUUGCCCGGGAGUUCGUGCACCAUUACUGGCAUUUGAUCCAGUGUAGUGAUCCGGCUAUGGAACGUUUGACGGUUCAGUUGUUUAGCAUCGGCGCGGUCUUGGCCGACUUGUACCACAAUGGUGACCUGGUCAAUCUGUUAUUUGGUAGUGGUUGUCAUCUGUUGGAGAAGACUCUGGACCUAUCUACGCCGUGGCCACCGCGGCUGCAGUUAUCUGCGCAAAAUUAUAAUAGAAAACGUGUGUUGCAUCUGCUCUGCGAUAUACGCACCGCCCUAGUCGACUCGCAGCUGGUUCUAGACAUGAUAACACGGGAUAUACCCCGACUUAAACAGCAGUACCUGUUGGAUGGCUGGUUACGGCUCCUCGCACUCGCCCAAUCUUGCACACACUACCAACGCCGGACACUGGAUCACGUCGAAUUCGAAGAAGCCGGGGUCUGGAGCCAGGCUUUCGUGCUCGUCUCUGAACUACUCAGCUCUGUCGGAGGGUUCCUACAUUACCUCGCCACCCAUCAGCCUCGUUGUGCCAGUCUCCGACACGCGUGUCUCUCUGCUGCACACCAGGCACACCAACUCUGGGUCAACGCUGCACUGACCAACGAAUUCCUGCAACAACACUUGCGACUUGCUGCCGUCAGCGACGGCACUCAACUCGCCGCUCUGAACAAUCUCAACUCCUUCGCCGCGCCCACACCUCUUUCAGACGACGACGCUGACCUCGACGAUCCCGCCACGCCCUGGGGCACACCCGGCACCCAUUGGGGUUCGCCGCUACCCCCGGAGCCAGCACCCCCUCAGAAUGUAGCAAACCAGCAUACUACGUUCCGAGGUUCCUUCGCGGACGCUGGCGACCAAGGUGCCUUCGUCGCCGGAACGCAGGACGCUCUAACCGGCGACCCGGGAGGGACCACGGUCAUCGUCUCCGGCCCGUCGUGGGCAGCACGUAUUUUCUUCGUUGAGGACCCGUUAACCCACUGCUUCGUGACGCUGCAGAUCCCGCUGUCGCGAACGGUCUGGGCCUUUCUGACCCUCUAUUUCCGUAGUGGCGGCUCGGCUCUCAGUCUGCUCAAGUACGUGGCCGGGCCAGGACGGUUGAUAAGUGAGUUCCUGGCUGGUCUUGAGUUUCCUAUUCGCGCCAUCGCUUUCCAUAUUCAGAGUGCUGCUGGACAUCUCUGGACGAGGAACGGGAUUGCGGUGCACAACGAGACGGCGUUGUACCGGCGGCACCACUGGGCAACUUACUAUCUGGAGGCGGAUCUGCGUGCUCUGGGUCUCGCUUUUUUGAUGGCCGGUGAGGCCCGUGGUCGACACUGGUCGCUGGAGAACCAAGCGGAGUUCCAGCAGUGCAAGGAGCGUUUAGAAUGGGUCGCAAAGUCGCCGCUAAAGGAGCGAGCAUCGCGUCUUGUCGGUUGGCCACUGCUCAACUUUGCCCGCGUUAAUAACCUGCACAUCAGCGCGAUCCUUGUGCUCCUUCUCAGCCGACUCAAUAUUCCCACCACACUUGAAAUGGUCCCGGAGGAAGAGGCCACCGUCGAACAAACCAAUCGCGAUACUACUCUCACAGCCUUCUUCGCCGUCGUCGGAUCCAUGCUCAACCUGUCCACCAACCCCGUACUAGGAUCCUACACCGACCUACGACCGAACAGCCCCACGACCAACCUCGACCUGUACCUACUCGAACGGCUCGUGCUUCAUCGAUUCCUCCUACCUUGUCUAUCGGCAGAGGCCAACAUGGUUCUACCCAGUAUCUCCGAAGUACAGGAAGCGUGCAACUCUUCUGCUAGCAAACAACUUGUACUCCAAGUCAUUAACAAGUGGAAUAGCCACAAACAACAACGCAUCCGUCUGGACCGGAGCACACACCCUAGCCAUGGCCUCUUAACAGACGAGAUCGACGGCAAUCGAAACAUACUUACUCAUUGCGGACCCGGCCAAGACCCCCGACAGGACCGACAGGAAAGGGACAAUUCGUCUCCCAGUCCGCAGAGCGUCGGUUCCAGCGAUGGAAGUAAUACUCAAGGGAACUCCUCGGGAGCAUUCCUCAAGACUGAGGACCGUAACAACCUCAUGAAACUAGGCUGGUUCUACUUCGACCCGUUCUUUCUCUUCACCCCCUCUGAAGAGUACCAGCUGAACGAGGAAGGCUUCGGCGCUUGGAUCAAGGAAAACGAUAACUGCGACCGAUGGUUCCAGUACCAAACGGCCUUCCCACCUUUCUCCCGAGAGACCUGGUCCAUAAGUGACAGCGACUCAAUCAGCGAUGUGUCUGGCGGCCCGUCUGGGGGUCCGUCUGGUGGUCCGAGUUACUAUUCUUUGCUGACCGAUUUUGAGCGGAGCAUUCUCGAGCGGUUCUAUCCAGGGCAAUUUGCGUUCGCAACGGACGUCCAUCUGAAGUGUCUUGGGUUCCUGGGAGUCAUCAGGAUGCUUUGUGUCAGCUACGGCAAGUCAGGUUUAUCGAAAAUUCUGAUCCGCUCAUUAUCUAAGGAUCAGAUGUCCGACGGAGACAGUGAGGAGGGCAGUGGCAUAAAACAUGCGCUAGGAGAGAAGGCCUGGAUCGCGGUCUGGUUCUUCCUGAUGAGAUUAGCCAUAGUGGAUCGCCAGUUCCGAAAUUGGAAACGCGUGUGCGGUGAGGAGUUGCCGGCUCCGGCCGUGUCCAAUUUGCCAUUGCGGACGUUGGUGGGUGAUCCGUUUGAGUUGGCGCAGCAGUUUGAGGACCCCAGUGUUCCUUUUGACUCGUUUAUGAAUACUCCGUUCGUGAUCGGGGACGCAUUGCAGAUGGAGUCAGCGAACGUAAAAUUCACCCCCCUGGACCUGUUGCAUAUUUUCAAGGAUGACUUGGCCGCCGACGUGGCGCCUGGGACCACUGUAUUAUUGGACCAAUUACUGAGAGUGAUUGCGCCUGAUCCAUUGAAUUUGCGGCUAUUUGCGCACCAUGCGACGGCCGACAUAAAGGCGGAACAAAAGAGAGCUUCCAACAUUAAGACGGAAGAUGAAAUCAAGCGCAAACAACAGGCCAUUAUGGAAGCUUUCAAGGCGAAGCAGACGCAGUUCGACUUCAGCGACGAGUCUGAUCAGGAUAGCAACGUCGACUGCAAGAAAACGGUGAUUGAAGAAGGAUCCGACGUUUGCGUUGUUUGCGUCUCCGCACUCUCUACACCCAACGACCCAAUCGGCACGCUUGCACGAUACCAAUUUAGCAGCUGGCAUGGAGCUGCGCCACCCACAAAACUCAAUCGAUCUUACGAGCUGUCCAUCAACUUACGAGACAUGAAAAAAGCCACAAUGAACUCCACCUCGCCCGCUGCCACUCAUGCGGCGUUGGACGUAGUCAAGUCUUUAGUGGAUUCGCAAAAUGACACUCUUGAACUCUUCCACGACUCAAUCUCAUUCGAACGAGAAAUGAAUCGGAGAGACCAACGAGAAGGCGAGACACGAGAGGAUCGAGAAAAAGGCGAACCAGAAUACCAACGAGAAGAUGAAGAACGUCCGGAGGAAGAACGUCCGGAGGAAGAACGUCCGGAGGAAGAAGGUCCGGAGGAAGAAGGUCCGGAGGAAGGAGCCGCCCUACCUUUGGGUGAGGAUGUAAGCAAGGGCCAAUCCUGGAUCGACUAUAACUUGUGGCCCAUGGAAGGGUCGGUAAACGCCCAGUCGCCUUCCAUCGUCUGGUGGAGUUGUGGACACAAGAUGCACAAGUCUUGCUGCAGACAGCAACGGUCUCAGUCGAAUCGCCCUACGAUGCCUCCCAACUUUGAAAUCUUCUCGCCGGCUGUCGACCCGAUUACAGAUCUGCUGGACACUCUCGAUGAACCCCCUCCUCCAGCUGUGGCCGUAGACGUGGCCGAGAUGACUGGUGGCAGCAAUCGCGACGACCCUCCAGAAGGCUACCAAAUCGCUCCUACUGUAUUCCGCCAGCGAGUUGAUGACCACCAUAAUAAUCCUUUCUUCUCCAGAGCGAAUACUACUGAGCCGAUUUGCCCCUACUGCAAUCGACGAUACAACUGCCUCAUUCUAGACGCACCGGCAUCCUCAGGCGACCCUCCCAUCCCUUUGGGCAGGGAUCUCGAAUCGGGAGUAGGGUCUGACUUGAAUCUGAGUAACUCUCGGAUUGGUCUGGAGUCUCAGCGCCAGGAGCCUCACGGCAGGGGACCCGAGAAGUUGGGGAGUGGUCCUGGUUUGUCGGCUGGUCCUAGUCUGUCGACAAGCCCUAGUUAUAAGGAUAUCGGGCGUCUUGCGGUUACAGCGGCGUUUGGCACACUUUCGGACGGCUCAUACGUCGACAGCAGAAGUGUCGCGCAUCGUUCCCCCGUGUUCAAGGAGGGGUUGGACUACCUCCACCGGACCAUGCGGAGUAUGAAGCACACUAUGGUGCUGCCUCCAUUGUUCCAUUCAGUUACAUACCGGCAGAUUUUGGGUCGGUUAUUGUUGGGAAAUGCGCUUACGUUCCAGAAGAACCCACAGUUUGUUUUUGAUCAGGUGUGGAGCGACAUAAACGAGCUGGGUUGCAUUAUCUCGUCGCGGUAUUCGUUGGUGGCGCCUUCUGUACCGGUGCAAUGUUGCUUCAAAUCGCCCAGUGACAAAAAGAAAAGUUUCCAUGUGCUCUUUGCGCACCCGUUGGCGGUUUUGUCGGACUCGUUAGCAAGUAUCGUUCAUGUGGAGGAGCAGACGAUGCGUCGUGAAGUAGACGGCAAAAUGAAGGUUGUCGCGUUCGACUUGUUUAGGAAGUUGCGGAAUCUUUAUUUUGUGUGCGCGCGGCAGUUACAAGCGACCCGGCUCACGGGCCAAGCCGCGACUGCCGUGCCGCCGUCGGGUAAGAGCGACAGUGCAGCGGACCAACUGCGCACGGACAACUUCACCUCCACUGGUCCCGUGCGACUGUUCUGCGAAGAGGCGCUCCAAUGUUCCCACCCACCAGUCACAGGGUUCGACAUCCAUAAGUUCAACCUCUACUCUUGCUUCUACUAUGGACGUACCAGUUACUCGCCCAUAGAUGACACACGACCUGACUACGUCCCACCCAGCCAGUUCCAGGAAACGAACACUGCCAUGUUCAAAUCCUUCAGCUCCACACGCACACGCUUCAUCUGGCUCUGCCGAAUGCUGCUGCUUGCCGCAACCAGCGACCCCGAACCCGGCGAUGACUCGCCCACAAAUCUCCCAUCCCAAGACUUUCCCAUCCCGACCCCGGCCGGUCCGGCCACGGACGCACAGAGCUGCCGAUUCGGGCGCCAUUUGUGGCACGCCUGUUUGUCCGUGUUCCUUAUGGAGUGCGCGGACGUCCUCUGCAUGUAUCACGCGCCCUACGAACGUGUAGGCGAAACGCGCACGCACGCCACCACCUCGGACCCCCUACUGAACCUCUUGAUCACGCUGCACCGUCAGUGGUGGAAAGCCUCCGCCGACGAGCAACCUGUCCGUGAGCCCUUCGGUACUCUCAACGAGACCUUCCGCGUCGGUGCCGUGGAGGCGCUUGGGCAACUAUUGCCCCGCGACUCCCAGUCGCCGAGACCUCCUUCCUCAGACGUGCCAUCUGCCAUCCCGACCGGGUCGGAUGAGUGCGGAUGGUGGUUGCAACGGGCGCUGGACCACCGACCGGUUUUCGUGGGGGGUGACCCGCCAGCUAUAAGCGACGGCGCCUGCGACUACGCUCUCUGGGAGGACUCGCCAAACGCGAUGCGACAGACGGCGCGGUUGGAUCUCGCCUAUGCCGGAGCGUUGGCGCGAGCCCGGCGCCGUAACCAGGGCCUGAUCACGGUCUGCGACGAACCGCUGGAGCGGCGUGAGUUGCGCAACCGUCGACUGUUUGCAGAUGUCUCAGGUCGCACACUCGCCCAUAGCGUUCAAGCCGCCACCGGGACCGCCCCCGGGACCACUGGGAUUAGGGGUGCGGCGACAUCUCCAGGUGCGCCCAAGACAUCGGGGACGUUGCCGGACGCGGCGGAGUUGCAUCAUGACGCGGCUCCGGACGCAGUGGGGCCGAGGGCGGAGGACCAUGAGCCGCGACGUGGACUUUUUGAGGCGGAUCAGCGCCUGACAUCGUUGGAGGACUUAUUGAUGAAUGUGCGGGAAAUGGUCGAAAUAGCCCGCUACAAUGUGAACGCCAUGACUCGACGUGCGCCACCACCUCGCGGUGUGUCGCGUAGCAGUGUGCCACCACCGCACACGGAGGAACAUGCAUACCGUGCUACCGAGCCCUUCCUUGACGAGUACCGUGGCCAAACCCCUGCGGAUGAACUCGAACGCCAACGAAAAGGCACUUUUGCAGAAGUACCCGAGGACGUCAUCUUCCGUUACGCUAAAUUCCUGGCAGAUCAAAACGAAGGAGACAUCUGCCGAGUACUCGCCACCCGCCGGAGACAUCUGUACAUGCAACGGAUGACCCAUCCACUCCGACUCAACACUGCAGACGCGCUCCGCGAUGCCGUCCGUACAGAUGCAAGCCUCCAGGAGGCCGAGUGGCCCGUGCUCACACGCCUUAUGCUCUUCGCCACCUUCCCUUUCCUCAGACAACUUCGCCUCUUCUGUCAAGCGCUGUGGCCGGAACGAACCGACAACCCAGCCGUGUCCACCGCGGGUAUGACAGCCGCGGAUGAGGAGUCGCACACGCCAGCCAUAUUCGACCCCGACUGCCCGUUCGCCGAGUCCCUACGCAAUUCGAUCAAAAAGAGCAAGGCUUCGGAGACCGGCGACAAGAGUGGUGAUGGUAAGAAUCCGGACGGGAAGAGCGGGGAGGGAAAGAAUGCGGAAGGUGAGAGCCUGACCACACAGCAGGUCUUGGCUAUGUUCAACGCGCUAGUCAAAGGCACGCCGCUGGAGCCCCUGGCCGCACUGUACCGCGCGGAUCGCUCGGGUCCGGGCGUGGUGGAAGGGGCGGCGCGGUGUGUAUUGGAAGACGUGGCUGAGUGCCUCCGCGAGUCAUGGUACUGUCGGUGCACGAGGGUCGUGCAGCCGGUGCGUGAGGAUGGAACGUUGAUGCGCAACUGCGCGACGUCGCUGCAGACGGACUUGGUGGUAGAGAACGAUGCAGCUGAGGAGGUUUUAUAUCAGACGGAGCGUUUCGGUUACCACGCGACCAACGUGCUGAGCAUGUUGGCUAGCCAUGCGACGCAGCCCCUCACGCGUCAAUUCCUUUGGUGGUACCUACAUCCCAUGGCGAACGUGUACAGCGCUUCUGGUUGGCGCGCCUACAUGGCCAGCGUCUAUGGCAAAGCGGCCGACCCGGCGCUGAACCUCUUCAGCGCCUGGAUAAGUCUCCCGCAUGAUAUGGCUCAGACCCCGAGUUCUCAGACCCCGGGUUCUCAGACUCCGGUGCAGAGCCGGGAUUCAAACCCGGGUGUGAAGUUCGACGUGCGGACGCGGUUGUGGGUACCGUACUUCGUGAACCUGCCGCCGAAGUUCGACCUGUUAUUCCACGCGGUGAUCGGGAAGUUGUUGCCAAAGGAGAGUUUGCUACGUGCCCCACCGGGUGAACGGCGAUUGACUCCCGCACAAUUAGCAACGGGCGUAUUGCAUGUUCCAAAAAAUCAAAUGUACAUCUGCUUAUACUGUGGUGCAUACAUUUGUUCGGAUAACUGUUGCGCUUACGCCAAACACCGGCGUGCUUCGCCAACACACCCUCUCGCUCGUCACACUCAAACAUGUGCAUCUCGCAUCGGCGUCUUCUUCCACCCCGCAUCCACCGUCGUAUUCCUCGUUGUAGUACGACCAGCCGUCGCUGAAAUCACCGCCUGGGCUUCCUGUUAUCGAGAUGAAUUCGGCGAAGAAGACCGCUACCUCGUUCGAGGCAAACCACUCCAUCUCAGUCGAUCUAAACUCAAACAACUCUACAAAGAGUGCUGGGGCAUGACGACCUUCAAACUCAAACAGAACUACGGCUGGAUGCCCCUUCGCUGA